AUGUUACUGUUGCAGGAGAUUCGCUCACAUGUUUCCUUGCUUCUCGCGAACGUGGAGGAUUACGAGGAGUCAGUCAUCGCGAAUCGUUACUUGAGGAAGUGCUCGCGGUUCCAGAACAACUUACGCCUCGCACCGUUGCCUUCGUGACGCAGUCGAGUCGCCGACGUUUGAUUCGCGUUCGAUUUCUGUUAUCUUCAUCGGCCAUGCUCGUCGGUCAUCAUCGCUCAUCGCUUGCCGCUCGCCGCUCGUCGCUCGUCGUUACUCGCCCCUUCAGCUCAUCGCUCAUUGCCAUCACCGUUCGUUCUACGAGCGACGCGAUAGUAGUGACGCGAUAGUAGUGACGCGAUAGUAACGACUAACGCGAUGUUACCGACUGACGCGAUAGUAACACUACAGUAACGCGAUGUUAUUGCGAGUGUCGUGAGAGCUGUGCUGCGAGAAAACGACGGCAGCAAGCUUGAAAACGUGGUUCACUCAGCAAACUUCAGAGCAUCCGUCACUCUCGCGGUGACUGCUCCGUCCCACCACGUCUGAGACCCAUCCAAUCACCUUCCCAUCCAACCACCUGUCGCUCUCUCCGUCUGGUGCUCCCGCAACAUCAAUACCCCUGGCCGAGUCCCAUCUCAUCCUAGUGACGAGCCGGCUUGAGAGGAGCAGCAAUGCCGAUGGUGGGGAAUUUGAGCAGAUUGGAACCACAGGGAGGGUGGAAUGGGGGGGAGGAGGGAGGGGGAGGUAGAAGACAGGAGGGAGUAGAGGAUAGAGGAGGUGACGAAAGAAGGCCUUCUGAAAGCAACAACCAGCAGCAGCAGCAACAUCAACAACAGUCUCAACAUCACCAGCAGCAGCAACAACAUCAGCAGCAGCAAGAUCAGCAGGAACAGCAGCAGCAGCAGCAGCAGCAGCAGCAGGAACAGCAGCAGCAGCAGCAGCAGCAGCAGGAACAAAAGGAACAGCCGAAGGGAGAGCAGGAGGAACAACAGGAGGAGGAUCGGGUAGCAGUGGUGGCAAGCAGGCUGUCAGCAGGGGUGGGGGCGGCAGUGCAGGCGUGUGGAGGCCACGUGGCAGCUGCCCUUCAUAGCCAGGAGAGGCUAGACGCGGCUCUGGGGAGACUGGCUGCUGAGCUGGACGGCAUACUAGAGGGCCUGCCCAUGCCGGUGAUGCCGCCCUGCACCACUCGCAUCGCUGCCAUGCAGAGGAGAGUGCACGCACUCAAUACGUCGCUUGGUCGAAUACAUACCCGCAUCGACACAAUGAAGAGGCACCUCCGCUUCCGCAACGUGUGCGGGGAACAGCACUCAGAUGGGACAAAUGAUGCCGCCCAGCAACAACAGCAGCAGCAGCAUCAGCAUCAUCAUGGCCUGCCUUUACUGCCCACUCUUGCAUCUCUCACCCAAUCAGCAGUCUUCAUGUCAUCACAUCAUAACUCUUCAUCCAAUGCCACUCCCCUCCCACCCAUCGAAUCACCAUCUACAAGGGAGCCCUCUCCCCCUCUUCCUCCCAUCCUCUCUCCUCGUGCCAUUUCGCCCCCUUCUCGGUCAAGGAGGGUGACGCAUUAGAAGCGGGAAGUUGCAAAAGAUUCCAUCCGACUUCCACCUUUUGUAACAGUUGCGCCGUGAAUGCUAAUUGGCACUGCGAACGCACGCCUUCAGGAACUUCCCUUCACUUAAAGUGUUAUGCAAAAGGAGAUCCAAGUCCUGCUACAUGAAAAUGUGUUGUUAGUUGUACAUAACUGUUUUGUACAUGUAUUUUUAUAGGG